AUGGGAUCUGUACGUAAUGGGGUAGGACAUGGUAGCAAUGGUGCUGAUAUUUUGAACAAAUCUACUGCUGGUGCUUCUUUCCUCAUGUUGACACAAUUGUUCACAAAGAUGUUAACAUUUCUAUUGAACCAGUUAUUGAUUCGAUUGAUCUCUCCCAGGGUGUUUGGAAUAUCGGCGUAUUUAGAGUUUAUCGUCUCAAUGGUGUUGUUCUUUAGCAGGGAGGGAGAAAGACUUUCAAUUCAAAGAACUAGGGAUAUUAGUUCGGGAAAUACAAGUGACUCGAAACAUAGAACGGGUAAAUACGUCGAAAGGACCCCAGAGGGGACUUUACAAAGCAUUAUUAAUUUUGGUUAUAUCCCAUUGGUAGUUGGUGGGCCCCUAUCGAUUGUUAUUCUUGCAUGGCAGUACAAUUCGCAAAAUUUUCAGGAGUCCUUAUUAAUGUUGCCAUAUUAUAGGAUUACAAUAGUACUCGUGUGGCUGCUGAUGAUGCUAGAACUUGCCGCAGAGCCGUUAUAUGCUAUCAAUCAAUUCCAAUUGAAUUUUGGGAAAAGGUCGAAAUACGAAAGUAUUGGUGUCUUUGGAAGGUGUAUUGUUACAUUCGCAGUAAUUGCUGUAGUGCUGAGGACAUCGAGGGUAUCAAGUUUAGAAUAUGAUGCUCUUGCAGUUAUGGCGUUUGCUUUGGGUCAAUUUGGAUAUUCUUUGUUAAUUUUUCUACAAUACCAUUUAAACUUUGCUAAGGAAAAUCGUACAAAGCUUCCAAAAGAGCAGAAUUCUCUAGUACUUAGUAAAAUUUAUACCCCAUCGGAAGCUGGUGACUAUUAUUUUGACCCAAAGAUUUUGGCUAUUUGGAGAAGCUUAUUUAUACUGAUGAUAUUCAAACAUUUUUUGACGGAGGGAGACAAAUUGUUGAUCAAUUAUUUGUGUACAGUAGAGCAACAAGGUACAUAUGCGGUUGUUUGCAAUUACGGAUCCAUAAUUGCAAGGUUGGUGUUUCAGCCAAUUGAAGAAUCAUUACGAUUACUAUUUACCAAGAUGCUUUCAGUCAAAUCAGAAGAAAAUAUAAGAAAAUCGUACAAUGUUAUGCGAUACUUGGGAAUAUUUUAUUUAAAUUUGUCUUUGUUGAUCGGUAUUGCUGGGUAUACUAAUGCAGCAUAUUUCCUACUGAUAUUAUUAGGCGGUAGAGCUUCUAAAUGGGCUAAUACAGGGAUUUUUGAUAUAUUUCCCCAAUACAUUGUAUACAUACCAUUUUUGGCUUUUAAUGGUAUAUUAGAGGCUUUUUUCAAUAGUGUCGCUGAUGGUAAUGAGAUAAGGAGAUUCUCCAUUUUCAUGUCCUUCCUGACUCUCAUUGUUUUGUGUUCACUGUAUGUAUUUAUCACUCAUUUUAAAUUCGGUUUGAGUGGACUUAUUUUAGCAAAUGCCUUAAACAUGACAUUAAGAAUAGGUUACUGUUCUAUUUUUAUUAAAUCAUUUUACUUUCGGAAUGGGAUUACCAUUAAUUAUAGGGGUAUUUUGAAGAGAAUUAGUGGUUCACUUGCAACGUUUAUAAUAGUUGCAUAUUGUCAAUAUCUCGCUUUAAAUAAUAGAGUCAAAAGUACUUCUAUAACAGAUGUCAUCAAAAGUGCUUUACUAUGUUUGGUCUAUCUAGUUUACAUGAUCUACGCAGACAGGACCAUAUUGAAGGACCCAUUGAUGGAUUUCAAAAACAGACUUCUAGACAGAAAAAAAUCGUCCAAGCAAGAUUAA